ACGGCCAGAAACAGCAAAUCCUGGACUUCGUCAUUGCGCUCUCUCUCUCUCUCUCUCUCUCUCUCUCAACUUAACGAUUUUCCUGGUUUGGAUCUCUCACUUCCAGAGAGAGAGAGAGGAGGAGGAUGACGGUGUUCCACUUCUUCAACUGCGCAAUUCUAACUUUCGGCCCUCACGCCGUCUACUACUCCGCCACUCCGCUAUCAGAGUAUGAUACUCUUGGUACUUCUGUUAAAGCCGCUCUCGUUUAUCUUGGAACGGCAUUAGUGAAGCUUGUUUGUCUGGCAACCUUUCUCAAGGUUUCUGAAAAUGACAGCUUUGAUCCGUACCAGGAACUAUUGAAAGCUUUGAUCGGCUUUAUUGAUGUUGCUGGGCUGUACUUUGCCUUGACACAGUUGACUCACAGGAACAUCUCUCAAAAUCAUAAGUUCCAAGCUGUUGGACUUGGGUGGGCUUUUGCAGACUCUGUUCUGCAUCGGUUGGCACCCCUAUGGGUUGGUGCUAGAGGACUAGAAUUUACUUGGGACUACAUCCUGCAAGGCCUUGAAGCAAAUGCAAAUCUGGUGUUGAGUAUAUCUCUUGCUGCGUUGGGAUCUUUGAUGUGGCUUCGGAAAAACAAACCCAAGACAUUGAUACCCAUAAUAUAUGCGUGUGCAGGGAUUGUGGCUACGAUGCCAUCCAUCACGAGCUAUCUAAGGCGUGGCUUGGGAUGGCACUUUCCAGAGGUGGUAGGAUUUGAGCUCUUCACUUCUCUGGUGAUGGCCUUCACUAGCUGGCAGCUCUUUGCUGCAUGUCAGAGACCCUCCAGCUGAUUACGCCUGAGAUCAUCCCUUGUAAGGCUGAGAGAACAAUGGAAGCUCCAAGCCAUAGGUUAGAGAGAGAGAGAGAGGAUCCCAGUCAAGUAUUAUUGUUGAGAUGACUGUUUUCAGAACGUGCUGAAGUCUAAUUUCUAUGCUGAUCCAGCACUCUGUUUGGGAAAUUUAUUUCUUGGAGAUAAGUAGUCUUGUUCUCCAUUUGUCACUGAACCUUGUAUUACAAGGGCUUGUACUAACCAUCAUAAUCGGUUGGAGAAUUUUGCAAUUGUGUCACCCUUUCACCA